AUGCUUCCCUGCUCAUCAGCGGCGCAGAUGGAGGGUUGCGCGGAGGAGAGGGACGCGCACAUGCAAACAGAGUGCAACAGACUGACGGAGGAGAGAGACGAGGCCGAGAGACAACUCAAGCACAUCAAGAGAGUGUCUCAGAUGGUGAUUGAGGAGGUGAGCGUUCUGCAGACUCAGCUGGAGAUCGAGAAGUCGUGCAGGGAAAAUGCAGAGGCCCUGGCCACAAAGCUCAACUGUGAGAACAGGAAGUUGAAGUACCUGAGCCUGUCGUCCCGGCCGUGUCUGGACGAGCUGCUUCCCAGCAUCUCCGACUGCAUCUCGCUGGAGGCCGACACGGACGCAGACGCAGACGCAGACGCCGCAGACGGCAGCGCAGACACCUUCACACAGUAUCAGCAGCAGGUUAAAGAGCUGAGGGAGACGGUGAACAGCUUGUUGGAGGAGAAGAAGAACUUUGUUUGUCAGGUGCAUGACCAGCAGAGGAGGAUAGAGGAGCUGACUAUUCAGUCAGAGAAAGAUCAGGCAGAGAUGAAGGAGCUUCGAGAAACUGUUGAGCAGCAAAACAAAACCAUCAAGAGAUUUAACAGAGUCUCCAUGAUGGCCGCUCAGGAGUACGAUGGGAUGAAGGAGCAGCUGGACCUGGAGCAGAGCCUGAGGGUCAAAGCCGAGACUUACGCACACGAGAUGCUGGUGAAGCAGAAGGAGGCCAACAGGCAGAGCAUGCUGCUGCUGCAGAGCACUGAGCCCAGCGUUCAGCUGCUGAAAGCUCUGGAGGACGUCGCUGCCGUCACCAAAACCCUGGAGGAGGAGCGUCUGCAGCAUCAGCAGAAGGUGCAGAGUCUGGAGGCCCAGCUGGAGCAGAGCUGUGUGAAGAAGCAGCUGGAGGCUCUGCAGAGGCAGCUGGAGCUGCUGGAGGUGGAGAAGAAGGAGUCGGAGGGACGACUGGAGCGGGCAGAGAAGAAGAACGAGGAGCUGGAGAGCAGAGUCCACGAGCUCCAGGAGACCCAGAAAAAGAUCACCAUGACGACCAGCACGGCACCCCCUCCCCCUGAACCUGGGGUGGCCCCGCCUCCCGCCCCUCCCCCGCAGCCCCCCCCUCCCCUCCUGCCUCCCCUCCAACCUCCUCCCCCACCUCCCCCGUCGAGAUGCAACCCCCUCAGCUCUCUGAUCGCCAUCAUGAGGAAAUCUUCAAAAGGCUCGAAAGCAGCUGUGAAGGCAGAGCAGCCUCCAGCUGCUGAGGGCGUGGACGACGUGAAGGUGAAGGCGGUGAAUGAGAUGAUGGAGAGGAUCAAACAUGGCGUCGUCCUGCGGCCCGUCAAGAGUCAGGACAGCAAGGUGAGGACGAGACAGAGACCGCCGCCUCCGAUAUGUGAGGAGAAACAACAGGAGAGCGCCAUGGACGAACUGAAAGGCAUCCUGGAGACGGUGAAGAGGAGUCCCAGCAGAGGCUCUCAGGAGUCCGGGCCGUCUCCGCCGGGGAAGAAGGACAGCGAGCUGGAGGUCAUCCUGAGACGCAGGCGCAACAAGGCGGGGGAGGCCGGCUCCGGAGAUGAGCGUGAGGGCCAGAUGAGCCACGUCUCGUCCUCCGACAGCCUGAAUGGGAGGCGCACCAGCAGCGACUCGGGCAAGGACCCAGAGGGACCGGGGGGGCUGCUGAGCACCCCCUCCGACCUCGCGGGGCCCAGGGCGGGCCAGGAGAGACGGGGGUCGGGCCCGGGACCUAUCGUGGCCAGGAGGAAGAGUUCGGACACAGGCCGGGAGUCCAGAGUGGGCUCCUGGCAGGAGAGGAGGUCCUGCAGCUCCCUGUCUGAGAGGGAGACGGCAGAGUCUCCGGUCAGCAACGGCUGCGUCAACAGCGUCGGCGAGGAUGAUCGAGAUGGGACGAAGAAGUGUGUCGAGUCCAACGGAGUCGACCACGGCGAACCCAGCGAGGACGCGCGCGCCGCCGUCUGCGCCGGGCCGGUCAACGGCAGCACUGACGCCGAGUGCUAGGCUGG